AAUAUACUCGGUUCCAUAUAUCCAGGUGAAGAUGAUUCUAUGCCUGAUCCUUCUGAUCCUCGCAAGUGCUGCUGCUCAGAGUCAGCCCAAAAGGAACUUCCAUCCACUCAGGGAUUUUUUGACCUCAAAGGAGGAUCGAAUGGAGCUGCUGCUACUGGAUCGGAAGCUCAUCUCAAACCUCAUGGAAUAUAUUGAAGAGUUGCAGAACAAAAUCAAAGUGUUGCAGCGAUUUGCAGAGAUGAUUCGGACACCACUCGAGGAGGCAAAGGGCAGGGAGGAGGAGUAUCUAUCGAAUCCGCUGCACAUUUUCCGACUCAUUCGCCACAUGCACGAGGACUGGCGGCAUGUAGAGAAGUUUAUGAGGCGGCGUGUGGGGAAAAAUCAGAUUAAUUUCAUCAAAGAAAAGGCAAGGGGAUUUCCAUCAAAAGAGGAUGCUGAUGAUGCCACGGAGGCCAUAUAUCGGAUUAUCCUCACCUAUGAUGUGCCGCCAAAGGAUCUCGUCCAGGGGUUAAUCGAUGGCGUGCAGUACAAUGGUAGCAUUUCGGCCAUCGAUUGCUUCUCUAUUGGAAAUCUGCUCUUCCAAUAUGGGGAGUACAGCGCAGCAGUCGCCUGGCUAUCUUACAGCUUCGAUUUGGUAGAACCAGAAUAUAAUACGGUCUACGAAGUCCUAAAAUUCAACUCCAGCGAGGUCCUCAGUCUCCUCGCUCGCUGUUUCGUGCAGUUGGAUCGGGAAGAGGACGCUCGAACUACACUGAUGGCCCUGCCCAAUCUAGCGAAACGUUCGGAGGAUCUUCUAGGCCUCUACAAACGCAAGAGGCACGUCAAAGUUUCGCGGGACUUGCAGCCCGCUCUGUAUGAGGAAUUCAAUCAGAUGUGUCGCUCCUCCCAUCAGAAUAAACCCUCCCGCCUGCACUGUCGCUACAAUGCCACAACGACGCCCUUCCUGCGACUGGCGCCCCUGCAGAUGGAGGAACUGUCGCUGGAUCCUUACAUCGUGGUCUACCACAAUGUCCUCUCCGAGGAGGAGAUAGCGAAAGUGGAACGCGAUGCAGAGCCUCUGCUGGAGCCCAGUGAGGUAUACGAUGGAAAGAGCUUCACCAGCAGCAAGAAGCGCACUGCCCUGGGAGCCUGGAUACCCGAAGAACACUAUCACUGGCCGGUGCUCAAUCGUAUCAACAUUCGCAUACACGAUAUGACCGGACUGAAACUCAAUCGAAAGCUGCCCAUGCAGAUGAUAAAAUACGGAUUCGGUGGCCACUACGAUAUCCACGACGAUUACUUCAACGAUUCUUUUCCGACCAUCAAAUACUACGGCGACAGCAUGGCCACCGUCCUCUUCUAUUUGAACGAUGCGAGGCACGGUGGCUCCACUGUAUUUACCAGUCCACAGCUCAAGGUCCCCUCGGAGCGUGGCAAAGUCCUCUUCUGGUACAAUAUGCGUGGGGAGACGCACGAUCUGGACGAACAAACUCUUCAUGGUGCAUGCCCCGUCAUAUAUGGCACCAAAACAAUCCUCUCCCGCUGGAUACACGAGUUUGAUCAAAUGUUUAUCCAGCCCACCUAUCGCCGAGGCAAUAGAAAAUUCUUCUUGCAUGAAUAAGCACUGAAAGGAGAUCAUUAAAAUAAUCAUUUAUCGGACAUAAAGAAGGCAAACUUCGUAUUCAAAUUAGUAAAAUUAAAAACAAGAAACUGA